AUGAUUCAAGCUCUAACUAAAUUGGACCCCAUCUAAUAAUACUAUGUCAACGACAACUAUCUCAAAUCUAUUUCAUAAAGAGAGAUUAAAACCAAUACAUCCUAUUCUCCUAAAGCAUUAAUAUAGGGGUAUUGGAAGAAGAAUUAUUCACCUUUUGUCACUUUAAAUUCAUCAAAUGAAGACUAAAGAAUCACUUUACCCUAAAUUAAUACCAAAUCCUACAUAGCUAAUGAUUCUAGAAAUGAAGAUAAUCAAAUUGAUGUAACUAGUAGUUUCAUUCAUAACAUCCACUAAGAUUCUAAUUUAUCAAAAUAUUAGAUUAAACCUGCUUGUGCUAAUUAUUAUUAAAUGAGAAAAUAAAAACAUAGUAUCAAAAUACCUGGUAAAAUUAUUAAGGGAAGUUUUCCCCAUAAUAAAAAUAUUUAGUAUCGCUCUCCUUAAUAAAAUACUAAUGGAUUAAAUAUUGAGUAAAUUGGGAUUAAAUAACUAACAUAAUCUAAAGUUAAAAUUAAAUCAUCUAUUUCAAGCAAUUCUUCUCUCGAAAAUAGUUUAUCUUAAAAUAAGGCUAUCUAUGAAAUUAACAAAAGCCCUAAAACUUAGUUUAUUAGACCAAUUACAUCCUUAUCAAAACCAACUCCUGAUAUCUAAAUCAAGAAACCCUUUAUUAAUACAAUUUUACUACAACUAGAAUAAGUAAAAAUCACAAAUUCUUAAAUAAGUAAUGUUGCUUUAAUUGUCUUUGAUGAACUACUAGGAUUUUGUGAAUCUAGUUAUUAUGGGUUUUAAUAGGACUUUAUUUAAUCUCAACUCUAUAUAGAUUAUCAAAAUAUUAAGGAUCAUUAUUUUUCUAAAUUGAUACAUAAUUCUACUAUUUAUGCAUUAACAAAUUUAAAAGAUCUGAUUUAUGCUUUAUCUAAGAAUUUCUAAUUAAUCUUUCUUACAAGACAUUUAUAAAAUUAAUUAACAGAGUAUGUGAAUAUUAACCGUUUACCUAUAACAGCUAUCUAUUAAAUGAAAGAUAUUAAACGAUCUUCCAUAAAUCUAAAAGCUCUAAAUUGUAUGGAAAUCCUUAAUGAUCUUUAACUCAACAAGCCUAGCAAUAUUAUUAUUGUUUAGACUUAUGAAAAUGCAGAUUACAAUUCUAAUUCAGAUAUAAAAAUUCAAGAAUAAUCAGUCAUCUAUCCAUAUGGAAUUGAGAAUGGUGUAAAUCAUUUGUACACUCUCAUAUUACCAAAUCUAAGCAUGUAGUGUCUUUUGAAAAAUGAUCAGAAGCAAUCCAAUCUACUUUUCCAUUCACUCUAUUAUAUUGAAUAAUUUUGUUAGUCUCUUUUAGUUAAUUGUUUAUUCGAUCGUAAAACCCUUAACUUUACUAAUUUUAAACAUUCAAUUUAUAUGAAACAACUUUAAGAUAAAAUUGAAUUCAAACUCAAUUAAAUUGAUAAUCUUAAAUCAUCUCAAAAUUUACAAUCUUAAAAGUAUUCAAAAAAAGAAAUGAUUAUUAGAAUUUCAGAAAAAUUUGAAAAUCCUCAAAAAUACCAGGAAUUAUCAUCAGAUCUUGUAUUUAGAAAUAAGAAAAUAAUAAAGAGAAUUGGCAGAUAUAAAUAGGAAUCAAUAAACUUACUUUUAAAUGUUAAAGAACAGUUAUCACAAGAAUUUGAAUUACUAAAUUAUUGUUAAACUCUACUUGAAAAUUGUUAUUAUAUUAUAUUAUGA